AUGGUCAAGAUCGAUCUCCGUACAGGUACAGCUACAACUACAGCUCCGGUCUCACGGCCGGUAGCCAAGCGCGGAGAUCCGCCGCCUACGGACCGGGAAGCGGAGAUACUUAACCGACUGGAGAAGCUGGAGGCUCUCCUUGCACUACGGACCAACCAGACUGGGAGCAACCCUCCCGCAGCAUCAAUAGCAUCCUCAAGUGCAUGCAGCAGUGAUGAUGUGCCAAGAACUAGAACGCAGACGCGCUCAUCAGAGCCGUCGCAUGCUUUACCUGCCAAUGUCCAGAAUCUGACGGCUGACGCUCUUUGGCUCGAGAGAACAUGUCUUGGCCCCAAGCCAUCGCCUUCGACGCCAAUUACCCGAUUCAGCAAUCUUAAGGCUGAGGUAGCUCGACGAGUCUGGUGGUAUCUUGUCAUAACAGAUACAUUGAUGGCGCGAUUCCCAGGUCCUCAUGAGGGCACUUUUGCUAUUAACCCUCAAUAUAUGAAUAUCAGAAAACCCCUGAACAUCAAUGACGAAGACCUGGGCGAUCCUUACGAUAUGGUACUGGGGAUAGACGCUGCUAUGGAGCGGUUCAUAGACGAGCUUCCCCCUUUCAUGAAGUUGAACGCUAUGGACGUGCAGCAAUUGCCCCCUGAUGAUGUUCAGAGACAACCAAACAUAGUCAUUCAACGCCACAUUAUGAAGACCUUCAUCUACGGGCAAAGAUGCAAGCUUCAUCUCCCAUACUUGGCUCGGGGGGCGGUAGAGCCUGCGUAUGCUCAAUCGCGGAGAGCCUGCCUUGAUUCUGCACGAAUGGUCAUCCAAGCAGAAACACAAAUGGAGGAGGAAGACACGAUGUUCAAAGCGACGAGGCUUCGGCUAUGUUUGGCCUUGCACAGCGUCUUCAUCGCCAGUAUAGUUCUACUGCUAGACUUCUGCCUUGGCGUUGAUGCCGACGAGAAAGAGCAGAGGCGGCAGGACUUGGCUGAAGCAUGGAAUAUUCUGGAGACAGCAAAGGAACACUCGAGGCCCACAGCACGUAUUCAGGACCUUCUGAGACAGGUGAUGAAGAAACACAAGGUGUCUUUACCCGUGGUCAAAGCAAAGGAACGGCAUCACCCAAGGCCAGUGGGUAAAAACCUCCCACCUACACCUAAUUCUUCAACGGCAAUCAUGUCAACGGGAACAACGCCCAGUGACGUAGGAGUUUCUUCUUCUCAGGAGUUGAAUGAUCUGGGAUUCAACAUGGACUUGGACGGAAUGGACUGGGAAAGCCUCCUCUGGGGCUUGGAAGCUCCCAUGUUCUAA